AUGAUUAACUGUCGAUUAAUGACAGGUUCAGGUCAAUUUUUGCAUCCCGUCUGCUGCUCCAGUCCUGCAGGGGCUGUAAACAAACCAAUCAGCUGCUCUGUCAGUGUGACCCCAACGGAAGUAAAACAAAAGGCUCCAGCAUCAGGUUCUGUGGAAUCAUCCAGAAUACGGUUGUUUUAUCGUUUCUCAGCUAAUAUUUCAGUAACCAUGUCUUCAGUUCAGCAUCUGAGAGAUUUUAUCAGAGAGCGACUAACUGCUGCUGCUGCAGAAAUCUUCUCAGAGGUUGAAAAAACCAUCAUUUGCUACGAGGAGGAGCUCGAUGCUCAGCGCAGGAUGAUGGGGAUCAACUGGAAACCAGAGAUAAAACUCAACAGAAUCGGUUCGGAGCUGCGGAGACAAAGUUCUGCAGACCUGCUACAGCAACAUGUCUGGAAGGAUGACAAAGAUCCAAUGCAGAACGUCCAAAACGGUUUUGAGGAGACCUCCAGUCUGGACCAGGAGGAACCAGAAGCUUCACAGAUUAAAAAUGAACCGGAGGAACUCUGCAGCAGACAGGACGGAGAGCAGCCUGGUAACCUUCUGGAGACCCCCAGCACCCCAAACACUAAAGACCUCUGUCAUAACUACUCAUCCUUAACAUGUGAUGUUUGUGGAAAAACCUUUAAAUCAAAGUAUAAUUCUCAGGUGCAUCACAGAAUGCACUUAGGUUUGAAGCCAUUUGUUUGUACAAUAUGUGGAAAAGGCUUCUCUCAAAAAACUCAUUUAAAGGGCCACAUAAGCGUCCACACAGGUGAGUGGCCUUUUUAUUGCAAAAUAUGUGGCAGAGGUUGUGUUGACCGUCGCCGUCUGAAUAAUCACAUGAGUACCCACUCCAGGGAGAAGUCAUUCACUUGUGAAAUAUGUGGGAUAGGCUUCACCCUGCUGAGCUCAUUGAACUCCCACCUGAGGAAACACAACAGAGAGAGACUGUUUUCCUGUCCAACAUGUGGUAAAAUAUUCACCCGCAAAAUUUCCCUCAGAGCUCAUAUGUGGGUGCACACAGGUGAGAAACCUUUCUCAUGUACAGUAUGUGGAAUUAAAUUCAGCACAGCCAAUGGAAUGUACAGCCAUAAAAAAUCACAUGAAGACGAGGAAACGAAUCUGGUUUAAUGUGGAGGAAGACUGAAGAUGAGGGAUUAUUUUAUUAAAUGGGGUUUUGUAGGCAGCUGUAAUCCACACUAAUGGAUUAAAUACACAUCUGAAAAUGUAGUCAUUUUCACCAUGGUGAACAUUUUCUUGAUGGUGAAAAUGUUCACCAUUCAGGUUGCAGUGGAUGAUUCCUGAAAGAUGAACAAUAUUUGGACAGUCAGCUUUCUUAUUUACAACAGUAAAACAAAACUCCAACAGAAUUAAAAAUGAGAUGGAACUUAUAAACAUUAUGACUUGAAACAGAAAAAUACUUUAAAACAAAUAACAGAAAUGAUUUGAUCAGUCAACAUCAUAAUUGUUAUCAGGAAAUAAGUAGUUUAGGCACAUAGUCUGGAGGAUGCAGGCUGGAUACUGGCUGAUGGGAACAGGAGCUCCUACCAGUACUUAUUAUUUUCAGUCUUUGAUAUUUGGACUUUCUAAAGUAAUUUUCAAUCUUAUGUUUGCUGUUUAGAUGCUCUGUAUUGUUUUCUGUAAAGCUGUUUGUGUUGCAGUGAGUCGUGGACUGCAGCUGGACGUUAGCACUGAUGGCUAAGAUCUGAUGUGAAACAUAUUUUCCUUUGUGGUUAAUCCUGUAUUAUUCAUGCUUUUGUUCAAUAAACCAGAAAUGUAAUUAGAGUCUUACUGCAUUUAAUAUAUCCAGUGGAUGAUUUUCAUGUAGAAUGAUGUUUUCUUUCUAAGCUCAAGGUCUCAGCAUGUUUAAUGAGAAGCCAGAGUUUAAUCUCAGCCUCUUCAGGUUAAACAGCUGAAGAAAGUCUCAACAGGUGAAGCUCGUUUUGAUGAUGCAUCCAGAGAAAGUUUACUGAGUCCUUAGAAAAUUGCCGAUGUAUUUUGCACUGAUGAAACCAGUCUGGGGACAACUGGUCAUAGAGAACAGAGCCAUCUUUGGAUGAUGCCAAACAGACCUGGCGGUGUGCUGCGUGGCCCCAUGUCUGCCUUUGGGACGUAACAAAACGUUUGUAAGUUAAACGCCCACCACCUCUGGUUCUGAUACGUUUCAAACUCAUCAUCUGCUGUGAUGGAUUGUGGUUCCAGCUGUUCCCCGUUAACCUCUGUUUGUGCACCAGAGCAAAGAGUCUUAAACUCUUCAUGCUUUACUGACUGAAGUUCCAAUACAAUCUGAUCAAAACGGCAGGUUUUAAAUACAUGAGUCACCUUUAUGUGAUGGGACUUGGUUGCAUUGCUCAUACCAACUUAAGUGUUGAUUUUGAAACAUAUUUUCUUGAAUUGUAAUUAUUUAUUUAUUACAGGGACAGUUCAUAUGAACAUUUCUGUCAUUUUAUCAGAGUUAGCCAGAAGCAUGUAUCUUUUGAAUAAAUGUCCUGAAAUUAAAGGUUUGAUUAUUAAAAUUUUCUAUGUAAAAUUAUGCAGUUGGAAUAAAUUAGAAACUAUUUUAAAGCUUUUAAACAUCUUUACCGAGGCUGCCAGUUAUUGUGGAGGACUCUACCUUGCAAACUUAACCUCCUUUGAAAUGAAACGAUGCUAACUCAUUUUAGACUAGUUGUGUAAUACCUAAAGUCCUGGAUGUCCAGGAACAACCAGGUUGAUGAAUCAAUUCAUUUAUAUUAAUGAUAUCUCCCUUUGUGUCUGCAGACCUCCAAAAGCCACAUGUCUGCAUUCAGGACAAAACUUCUACCAUCUGGUUCUAGUUUAUGUUUUAUCCCCAGGACCAAACAUGGAGGAGCAGCUUUCAGGUUUAUGCUCUUUUAAUCUGGAGAAAACUUGAAAAUCUUAUUCCAGAAUACUGGAAAACUGCUGAAACCCUGAAUUCCUUUAAGCUAAGGAUAGUCAGCUGAGUUCCUUUAAAUCUACACUAGUGUUUAAAGUUGCUUUUGAAACCUAAUCAUGAAACAAUAAUCAAUAAUCGGAUGUGCUAAAUGUAAUGUUGACUGUGUGUUUCUAUGACUUUGUAAUUUUGUGUUUUUAUGAGGUAAAGCUCUUCGAAAUACCUUGUUGCUAAAAGGUACAAAUAAAAUUUGAUUGAUUGAUUCCA